UCAGAGCUCAGGGGUCAGUAGUGACACUCAGGGAGGAGGCACAGCAGAAGAGUGGCUGCGUGCCCAGCCUGGUCUACACUAUGGAGUAGAGAGUGCUGAGGGCCUCCAAGGGCUGCCCGUUGACCAGUACAGCAUGCUCUAUAGGGUGGCUCUCCCCUCUGUCUCCUACUCCCAGACCAAUCUACACCCAGUAUUAAGCCAUAUCUCUCCAGCUUACACUGUCCCCUCAUCUCUCCUACAGCAUCAUCCAGGGAUCUCCUAUCCCCCUCUAGGCUAUGCCCAGAUCCCCCACUCCUCUUUCCAGUUUGUCUCCCCAUACGGUGCAGUCCCUUAUGCAGUCCCCCCUGGCUUUGUCCCCAGCUCCCUGAUCUCUCCCUCGGGCACCCUCUCCCAGCCCCACCUGGUCCCCUACCAGUCAGUCAUCCAGGAGGGGGUGGUCUCCCCUCCUACCCAGACCCAUGUAUCUGCCCAUGCCUUUGCCAAAGUGGGUUCAUCCGGAGGAGUCCCGCUGAUGCUGACCUCGGAGCAGGCUGCCCAGCACCAGCACCAGCAGCACCUGGGUGCGCUGCCUGCCGCAGAGCUCAGUCCUCGGGGAGUGCCAGUCUUUUACCACUCUCGGGGAACCAGGGCUGCACCUGCCCCCUGGGACCCCUACAGCGGGGAGCAGGAGACAGACGGGCAUAGGGAGGUGAAUGGAGGGGAGAGGGAGCAGGCUGCCAGGGAAAUGCUCCAGGACUCAGUCUACAAUGCCAGGAAUGCACGGCUGCUGCAGGCAGCAUCUGCAGCACUGGAGCAUGCACAGGACAGAAGCCUGAAGAGCCGCAGGCUGGACGAGAGGGCUUCGCCUGGGCAGCGCAGCACCCCAGACACUGACCUGGAGGUUCAGCAGGUCGUUGGUCGCCUAGCCUCUCCUGUCCAAGGUGUGAGUGGAGGCCGCAAAGAGGUGUCCUUUGGUCCCCUGAACCUAUCCCAGGGCUCUCAGAGAGGCAGAGAGGCUCAUGGGGAGGCAGGGGAGAGUGCUGGCCGGACAGGGUACACGAUCCACCCUGCGGUGUAUGGAGACCCCCGAGUGAUUGCCCAUCAACAGCAGGCAGGGCAGCCAGGCCACGCUGUCAUCUUGGCCAAUGGACAGACAGUCCUGGUGCCCUUAGAUUAUCACCACCUCCCCCACCAACAUCAACAGCCACCCCAGCACUACCCCAGCCAAACCAAUGAUGACACCUCUGCUGUCACCAUGGCCUCCCCCACCCCCUACUCUAAAGCCUCUGAAUCUCCAGCCAGAGUGUGCCUCCCAGACAGGGCUGUGGUGGAGCUGGCUGCCGUGGAGCAGCACCCCCAGCAGCCUUUUUCUGUCCCAGUCACGGCAGCCCUCACGCAGGCCCCGGCGCCCACCCCUGCCCCCUCCAAUCCCUCCCAUUUCAUGAAGGGGGCCAUCAUCCAGCUGGCCACAGGGGAGCUGAAGCGUGUGGAGGACCUACAGACUCAGGACUUUGUGCGGAGUGCUGAGGUGAGCGGGGGGCUGAAGAUCGACUCCAGCAUGGUGGUGGACAUCAGGACCAGCCAGCAGAGACCCGGCCUGGUGGUGCUGCACUUCACAGUUGGCGAGCAGCAGAGCAAGGUGACCAUCGACGUGCCCCCGGAACACCCCUUCUUUGUGUUUGGCCAGGGCUGGUCCUCCUGCAGCCCAGAGCGCACGGCCCAGCUCUAUGGCCUGGCCUGCCACCACCUGCAGGUAGGAGACGUGUGUGUGUCCAUCACUCUGCAGCAGCCGCCCCAGCAACAGAAACAGCCCCUGCAGCAACAACAGCAGCAACAACAACAACAACAACAGCAGCAGCAGACCCAAGCCAGGACUUCCACCAAAGCCAACUCCACAUCAGGGGCCAUCGGCCAGCCCAUGGGGCCCCCUGCCCCCCAGCAGCCCAGGCCACAGCCUCACUUCAGGAUGGAACGCGUCCACAGAGAGAGGGAGAGGGGGGAUAAAGAGGAGCCCAUGCAACUAGGGGGUGUUGGGCAGAGUGAGAUGCCUACCAGACCAAAUAGGACUUCAGCAGAGCAAACUAGGAGCCAGAGCAGUUACUAUUUGCACACGGAGGGUUCUGCUCGUCCAGGGGCGGGGGUGGGAGUGGUGUCGACAGUGUUGAGCACAUCUCAGAGGCGCUGGUCCGCCCCCGGCCUUCAGAGAUGCAUGAAGGUGGAGGAAGGGGCGCACCCUCAGUUGGGCUCCUCUCGACCCUCCUUCAUCCCACAGGAGGUCAAACUGUCCAUUGAGGGGCGCUCUAACGCUGGGAAGUAGCACCAACCACAGCAGUCCACACCACAGAAGAGACAGUCAGAGGAGCGAAAGCAUCAGAGAGGGAGAAAGGGGGUAAAUAGUGGAAAUGUAGCCUCAGAAUGUUUAAUAUUUUGCACACCUAAUAAGAUUACAAGCUCUUUGUUUUCAGAGGAAUUACCUGGUCUGGUGUCUGGUCAGGUCCGCUCUAUUUAGUAGUCAGUCGGUCAGGACAGCUCCUGGUCCAGUGAUCAGGAGAUUGGGUCUCUGCUCUCCCAGGCUGACAGGGAGCGGAUGCAGAAGCAGGGAGUGUAUGUAGCUGGUGAAUCGCCUACCAAAGUCCUCAGACUGCAUCUUCCUUCAUCCCUACCAACCCCUCAGAACCAUCCUUAUCAGAGGUGAACCAACUCUCAGAACCAUCCUUAUCACAGGUGAAUCAACCCUCAGAACCAUCCUUAUCACAGGUGAUCGCAUUCACUGGACGUUCUCUCUUCUUUGACCAAACCAUCUCUGGAAACCCAAGACUGUGGAGAAUAUGUAGCCCAUGUCUGGUAAACAGACACCGGGUCUGACAGUGACAAGAACAUAGCUAUCCUAUUAUGCUCUGUCUCCCCCACAUUUCUAUUUUGGUCUGUUACCUUCAAAAGCGUUCUCCAAAAAGAAAAAAAGACUAAAGGUGCACUUGCGGAGCUGAAUUGCUGCCAUCGGCACAUAGAUGCUUUUCCCUCCAAUGAUAUUGGUUCUCUUGAUGCAGACUCUUGACGUGUCAUCGUCACUUUGUGUGCUUCUCUAGUAGGAGCAGAGGACUUCUACCAAAGCACAGACACUCUCCCUCGUCUCCCUGCCUCUCCUCGUAGGGCCCAGUCUGCCGAGAGAGGGUCUGAGAGGAGGGUAGGCAGCCUUAGAGGUCUUUCAAUCAGCUCCUUCAAUCAACCAAUCAGAACCUAGGAAACCGCUCACUCCUUUCGUAAUGCACAAACCACACUUCCGCAUUUUUAAUUUUACACCCCAACCCCAUUUUGUGCCACGGUUACAUGCCAGUUUUCCUUUCGAAAGAAACCAAAAGAGAUCAUGCAUUCCAGUAUCCUAGUGAUUAUCAUAGUGACCACAACACUCAUCUUCCCGACUGCAGCCCUCCCUGCCUGCUACACUUCUCAGCAUUCCUCUGAAUGGUGACUGUUUACUGUCAUUGUAUUAGUAGACACCACUACUGGAGGCACGGGCUGGUCUCCACCAAUGUCACCUGUGGGAUUGAUGCCUGCAUGGAGCAGUACUGGCUGAGAGAGUGAAACCUCUCCAUAGAGUCAAUUUGUCUCUCUCAGUACAGCAGCCCCUGGGCCUAUGAGGGGGAAUCCUGUGUGUGUUGGAGGGGAUUGAGUUGGCCCUGCUUCAUACCUUUUUCACACUAUUGUCCCAACACAAACUGGGGGGGAUCUUUUGGCUUGCUUUCCAGUGAAUAUAAUUGGUUUAAGGUUACCCUGCUUUUUUCCAGCCUGUUCUAGGUUGUUCAUGGCUAGCUAAACUAUGUGCCUCUGCUCGUUUAAAAGCAGGAUGGCACUACAUAUGUUAUCUGGCCAGGUCAGCUUACACGACUGUGUGAAAUGGGUAUAUGAGACCAGUCAAUCCUUGCUCAGUUACCAAAAUGAAAGCAAUAGUGUAUUUUCUGUUUAUUUGGGGUUUUCUGUAUAUUUUGUUAUUGUUUUUAUAUAAAUAUACAGCUUGUGUAUCAGACCUAAUACUAUCUUUAACCCUGACCUGAAACGUUCCUGCUUUUCAAAGGUGAUGCACAAUUUGGCUCUGAAAUGUUUUGAUCUUUGUUAUUACAGAUUCACAAUCAAAGCAUGCCUUUUGAAAUGAUUUUUAUUUCAAAAACCAGGCAUUUAUUCUGAAGAGAAUAGUCUCCUUUUUGAUGGACUGGAGGUUCGGGCUCUGAUCCUCACUGAUAGUAUUCAUUAUGGUUUUAUAUAGUUACCCUAUAUGGUUUUAUUCAAGUGCAUCUCCAAGAGAGGCUUGACUCCAAAUCAGUGGUGAGCAUCUUAACUCUCCUCUGUUUUGUCCUCUCCAUUGUCUUUUAAUCUACUUGUGUACAUGUCAAAUUGUUUUAUUCUGUCCAUGGCAAUAUUAUUUCCAGUGGACCUUAAGAUUGUCUUGUAUUGCACAUAGAAAACUUCACCUGUUGAUUCACAUUGACCUUGUAAUGGGAAUCACAAAUAGUUUCUUUUUUUUAUUUUUUAUGAAGGGAAAAUGUUUUUGUAGCUAUUACAUUUUUGUUGAAGUGUUCUUAAGGUAGUUUUGGCAAUAGAGAAACUGACUUGCAUGGUUGACACUGUUUACAAAUUAGCCAAGAAAAAAUGCUGCAGUUUCCUUUUUCGGACACAGAUUUUAGUCACAGAAACUUCAAGUGGAUGAAAUCAAGAUGAAGUGCAAUUAGAGCAGAUUCAGCAAUCACACAGACAUUUAGUUUGAUAUGUCAUUCCAUAAAGCAGACAGACAUUUAGUUUGAUAUGUCAUUCCAUAAAGCAGACAGACAUUUAGUUUGAUAUGUCAUUCCAUAAAGCAGACAGACAUUUAGUUUGAUAUGUCAUUCCAUAAAGCAGACAGACAUUUAGUUUGAUAUGUCAUUCCAUAAAGCAGACAGACAUUUAGUUUGAUAUGUCAUUCCAUAAAGCAGACAGACAUUUAGUUUGAUAUGUCAUUCCAUAAAGCAGACAUUCCACUUAGCUUAAGGUAAUUCCGUUUUUCUUUUGGUCUUCUAAAAUGUCUUCACUGUUAAUCCUCUUGUCAGAAAGACAUUUCACCUCAGUUAUGUCUAGUUUUAAUGUGUCUGGUCACUUCUGAACCGAUAGUCCUUGUCUGCAAAUAAUGUGUAUUUGUUUUGAUAUCACCUGUGUCACAUGAUGUGCUCCAACACAGAUCCAAGCAUUAAUAUCCCAUGCUCACCGAUACUGUGUGAGAAGGUAACUGUGUGUUAGAGCAUCUAUCUGCUGGCCUGUCUGUCCUUGUAUCCUGGGCUUUGAGCUCUGAGGUGAAGACUGGUGAUUGUGUGUGGUGACAUCCAAUGCCUUCUAACGGACUUGAGUCCCUCAUCCACGCUAUUUAUAGACUGCAGUGUCAAAUCUAGUUCAUACACCCCUUCCAACCCCACCACCCUACUGCCUCCAGAACAUUUCUGUUGAGUGGAGCCUCCAAGGACACACGGUUCACUGAGGAUAAAACCUCAGACAGUCUUUGACAACAAGCCAUGAGAGAAUGUUCCUGAAGGAGAGGGGGCGGUCCGUUAGGCCUGAUCAGGGCAGAGUCACAUGCCAUUUGAUACAGUCAUAACAACCAAUCUGUAAUUUUGUUGAAAUAUAAAUGUUUUUAAAUACGGUAGUGGUUAAAUGCCAUACAGAGAUGAGCUGGAUGAUUUUCCACAGUGGAGCAGUAGACAUUUAGUCAUAAACCGCUCAAUACUUAUUAAUUUAUUUUUUACAAUAAUUUACGUUUGUUACAUUUUUUUAUGCUAUAAGCAAUACAGUUAAACAGAAUACCUAAAAAUAUGUCAUGUAGUUUAAGGAUGUGCUAUGCAGUAAACUCUGAAUUAUUCUGCUCUUCAGUGACCAAGUGUACCUACUACGGGGUAGGACAGGUUUGUCAUGUAUGUAAGAAGGUGGCUGAUGCAGUCAUUGUACACUGAUCUCUCUGAGUACUAUAGCUUAUCAUUGCCCACCAUUGGGUGUCUGAAUAUAGUGGAUUUAUUUUGUUUUUGUUUGGUUGUUUUAGUUCAGACCCUUAGUUGUCACUAACCUAAGUUCAGCACAGUGUUUUGUUCCAGUCAGCUCAGACUAUUACCUCCACCUUCCGCUGCCAGGUAGUACAGGCUAAAUCAUGACCAGAGAUGGGUAUGCAUGUGGAACUCAAAUUUGUAUGUAAAUCUGUCAUAUCCAGUUAGAUUUUGGCCUUACGAUCUCUCUUGGUCACAUGUAGCAAUCCCUUGGUUAGAUAUGGUAUGGAUGUUACGGUGUGUAUUCAGCCCUGUGGGGUCAGAGUCUUCUCUUUGGUGAACUUUUACUCUCCAAAAUGUACUGCCUUACCAAGGGCUCUCAGCUGGGCCUGUCUCACAUUUUAUAGGAGAUGGUGUGGAGAGUGCAGAUGCUCUGAAAAAGGAUGCUGUCAACAGCCUGCCUGUGUCUGUGCACUGUUGUCAAAUGUUUUGUGAAUGGGGUUGCAUCUCAUGUCCCACCUCCCUGGGGGCUCUUCUAGAAAGCAGGAUCAAUGAGUUAGCCAGCUAACAGUCCCCCAAAAAACAGGAAGAACUGCAUUUUUUUCUAGAAAUGUGAACUUUGAAAUUUGUAAUGGUAUAAUUGACUUGACAACCAACAAUCCAUAUUCGGUUUUAGUUUUCUAAAUAAAAAUCAGAUGUAUUUUACUGUUUAUCAAAGUUACCUGGCUGAGGUAAUGAUCCUACUUCCUGGAACACCCCACUGCUCAUCAACACACUCUAUCCUCCAGAUAUUCUUACUUCAGUAAAAUAUUAUUAACAUACAGAACUUCUGUGUCCUACCACCUCCUCCUCCCCUUGCCUUGCCACACGUGUAUCAAACACAGUAUUCUGGUCUGGGACAACCAUUCUAGGUGCAACGCAGUGCCUCUUGUUUAUUUACCUCUUCCUCUCUGUCUUGAACACGGUAUGAGGCAGUGGCUGCAUAUGACCACUCUGACUCUCAGCAGACAGUCGGGUGGACAGGCACAUUAGCAGCACGCCAUCUGUUACACUCAGACUAGCAUCGUUCUCAGACUUCUGCUCGGAGCGUGAAAGUGCUACUUCAGCUGUUUUCUAGGUUCUUCUCUUGACUCUAACCAUCGUAAGAAAAGGGAAAACAUUUGACCUGUACGUUUUUGACCUCACUCUUCUUAUUACAUAGUCAAAGAAAAUUGCACUAAUUUGCCAUCCUUUAUAGUAUUAUAAAAUUAACGGUUAGUUAAUUGAAGUUUUUAAUUAUUAGCGCUAAACACAAAACCCAAUGAAACAUUCACUUGUCAGUUGUGCAUGUUUGUAGAGAAUGUUUUGUAUGGCUAUUAUCAAGCUUGUCAAUAAUGCCUUAAGAUCUGUACAAUGUGUUAAUGGAAUGAUGCUAAUAAGUGACCCAGUUUCCCUGUUUUUCUGUAGCUGCAAAGGUGGAUCAGUUCACUCUUGUUGUAUUGACCCUCUUGGCUCUCCUGGUGUUUUAUUCAUAAGCAGAAAGGCAUUUGGGGAUGGACUGUAUCUCCGGAUAGGGAGAGGUUACAGUGAGAGAUCAUGUUAGGGUGAGUCCCUAUCGCUGCUUGAAAGCUGGACCAGUAACUGACUCACUGUUGUUGUUUUCACACACACACACACACACACACACACACACACACACACACACACACACACACACACACACACACACACACCACCCUCUGUUGUUAAUGUGAGUGCAUGUUGGGAGUAGGUCCCUGAAGGUGAGAGGUUGUGCUCAAUGUAUUUUUGUUCUGGUCCUGUCUGAUCUACUUGGGAGAGAAUGUGAGGCUUUUCAAACCAGUGACAACUUUCCUUUAUUGGUAACUGUAUGGUCUGUUUUUGUUUUCGUGAUUAUGGAAAAAGGCUUUAUGACCCCUGUAUAAAGUAGCCCUGUUGGUCUGAUCUUGUAUGACUGAGGUAAAUAGACUGGAUGGGAUGGUGUUGUUGCCAGGCACUAGAGAUGCAGAAUUAAAUCAGGAAGAUGAGAAUGGUUAAAAGUUAAUGGAGUCAUUGGGUAUUUUCAGAUUUUACAUUUGUAUUUUGGCACUAAAGUUACUGCUUUUUACGUGACAUUUGACUAGUUUUAAAAGAAACAGCAUCUUUUUUUAAAGUAUAAAAUCUGCAAAAUAUAUGCAAUGAUGUAUGUAAUAUUCAAUCCUCAAAUAUAAUCCAGGUUGUAUAAACUUUUGUAUAGUGAGUUUUAAUAUCGUAUGGCCGUACCAAUAUGUAUUGAUUCGUAUCAAAAGCCUUAGUUGUCUAUCCAAAGUGCUCCCUUAGAGUACAGUACCCUACACCUACCUGAACUUUACAAAGCAUUAAUAACUAUAUUUUGUUGCGUUUUUUUAUUUGUACCCUUUUUGAAUAAAAUAGAUUUGUACUGUAUAUUUGUACCGCUGUGAACUACUUAAGGCUGUUUUGUUUUUGUUUUGCUGUUUUAAUUCUAUGUACUUAAGGACACAAAGAUAUUGUAUUUUUAUUGUUACAGCUAACUUCUUGGAGACAUUGCAUUUAUCAUGUUUGUUAAGUAAACACAAUAAUAUAUAUAUAUACUUACUAUU